CAGGAGCUGUUUGCCAGACUCACCCAGGGACCGGGAACGGAGCGAACCUUCCCCUCCGCACACCGCUCAGCGCCGCCGGCGCAGCCUGGGCACGCAGGAGGGCUCCAGACUCACAGCAGGACAGAGAAUCCUCACUGCCAAAGCUGCCUGGGCACAGCCACUUCCAUCUGGCCCUUUCCUGGUUGGACAGCCCUGGCACAUCUCAUCGUAUCACACAGCCUCACUGGGACAAGGGGACUUUGACUGUCUUCGUGCCAUCACACCCCUGGCUAUGCCCCAGGCUGGGCACUUCCCACCUCGCAGCCGCCGGUGAGCAGGGAAUGAGUUUGAGCCUCCUCCAGGUGACUCCGUUCUCCACCAGCCACCAUGGACUGGAAGACUCUGCAGGCACUGCUCAGUGGAGUCAACAAGUACUCCACAGCCUUCAGCCGCAUCUGGCUCUCCGUGGUCUUCGUCUUCCGCGUGCUGGUCUACGUGGUGGCGGCCGAGCGCGUCUGGGGGGACGAGCAGAAGGACUUUGACUGCAACACGCGGCAGCCAGGCUGCGCCAACGUCUGCUACGACCACUUCUUCCCCAUCUCCCACAUCCGCCUCUGGGCCCUGCAGCUCAUCUUUGUCACUUGUCCUUCCCUCCUGGUCAUCAUGCACGUGGCCUACCGGGAAGACCGCGAGAAGAAGAACAGGGAGAAGAAUGGGGAGAACUGCCCCAAGCUCUACAGCGACACGGGCAAGAAGCACGGCGGGCUGUGGUGGACUUACCUGCUCAGCCUCUUCUUCAAGCUCAUCAUAGAGAUCCUGUUCCUCUACCUCCUCCACAAGAUGUGGGACAGCUUUGACUUGCCACGGCUGGUCAAGUGCUCCGACAAGCCCUGCCCCAACACUGUAGACUGCUACAUCGCUCGGCCAACCGAGAAAAGAGUCUUCACCUAUUUCAUGGUCGGAGCCUCCUCCAUCUGCAUCGUCCUCACUGUCUGUGAGAUCUUCUACCUCAUUUUCAAGCGGGUCGUGCGGAGUGCGCGGAAGUGGAGGAAGUCUGUCAAGCGCUCUGUCAGCUACAGCAAAGCCUCCACCUGCCAGUGCCACCCGAAGCUGGAGGAGAAAGACAACAAGUCCCAGACUAGAGGAGAGGAGCUGUGAGCUCACCCAUUCCAGGACCCUUCACCUUCCUCUUGGCCCAGCAGCAUCUCAAGCCUGCCAAGUCCCUGAACCCUUGAGAGUCAGCCCAUGUGAAAAAUAACUACAGCCAACAAACUGAAGCCCCUCAAGAGACCCAUGGGUGCCUGAGCAGAUGCAGGUAAGGCCAAGGCAGCCCUGGAGCUCUUCUGUCUGCACGUGGUGGCACCAUGGGAGCUUGGCCAUCACAUCAACAGAGACCAGUGCCCUACCCAGCAGCAAGCCUAGUCACAAGUUGCAGAGAUGGAGCCAUCAAGCUGGGACAGCACAGGGACUGGGGAUGGUGAGGGAGGAGCAAGGGGACUCCUGUGUCCCAGCAGCUCCUCUUGGGUCCUUCAGCUCUGCAUACAAAUGCAUCAGUUGGUGCCCGCUCAGGGCUGGUGUCACCUAGCACAGUGACAGUCCCCAGUUUGCCAGCACUGGGGCAGAAGCUGCUUUUCCCCUUGUGCCCAUGCAGGCACCACGCUGCUGUCUUGCCCAAAUGCCCUUGCUGGCUCUGCUGCUUCCCUCAAUACCUUCACAUCCCCCCCCCCGACCCCGGACGGAUGCGGCAGCUCGAGCUGCGGAUCUGAAAGGCCAAUAAAGGUUGCGUCGUUUGUA